CGAGGCUCCCCCCGCGGCCCCCCCUACCUGGGCGACGAGGAGGCCAAGUCCUGCUGCGGCCUCAUGGUGACGCAGGCCGUGAGCAUCCGCUGGUUCAUCAUCAUGAUCGCCUUCGUCGGCCUCUGCUGCACCGUCGUCGGCACCGUGCUGGGCGCCGUCAAGACUCACAACUCCGAGUACGUCACCAUCACGCUGCUCAUGAUCGGUGUUGGUAUCGUUCUGAUCACGGUAUCGGGCGUGGCCUGGCAUCUGACCUCUCGUGACGCCCCAUGUAGGGUCAUGUUGGGUCUAGCGCCACAUGAUUCAGCACGAGGAGAGCCACGCCGCUUCAUGGCGCGGAUGGCACCGGCUUUCGGACGCCCUCACCACCCUUAUGCCGCAAUGAUGUACCCAGAGUUCCAGUACAGGCCGCCGCCUCCAAGCUACCAGGCAUCCAUGCAGGAAUACAGGUUGCGGUUGCUGCUCCUGGACCGACACCACGCCCACAAUGCCUCGCCGCAAGCACCCUCACCCCCGCCCACCUACCGGUCUGGGACCCAUAAUUUUAGAGGAUUAGGUGUGAAUACAUUAGGACGGGAGAGUAACUACAGUCAUCCUCCAAGUUACCGGUCCCGCGAGGGUUCCAUUUCCCACAAUCCUGACACGGUUCCUUCAACUCACCCUGGGGGCAACGUAGCCCCUGCCCACUCCAGAGAUCCCUCGUGUCUGUCGUUUCUCUCGCACGAUUCCAUAUACUCCACCGGCGCACCGCCCUCACAGGACGGCUCCCUACGAGCCGGGCAGAUAGUGGACAGAGAUAAAGUAGCAGUGGUGGAGGACUCCGUGCUGCCGCCAGCCAAGAAGGACAGCAGGAGAGAUGACAACACCGUUACCAUUGUACAGACCACAGACUCUUCGCAAGUAAUUGGUUCCGAUGCUGUAGUUGUGACAGUGUCAGGUUCAAAUUCAAACUAUGUGACAGCGCCAUCACAACACCAAACCACCGAUGCUGAAAUAUCCGUCCUGGCCCACCUUUGACCUAGUUCACUUUCUGACGAAGUGAAGCUGUGAAAAUACAAGGUUUUCUCUGACCUUCAAUGCUUAUGAAAAGUAUGCUUAAAUUAGGCCGUUUGGUAUUGCUACCUUUAUUAUAUGAUCUUCAGUGAUGUGUUGUUCAUGUAACUGAAACCAAAACAUCAUAAACUGCACACUGUUUCUUUUGUCAGCUACUGGUGAUAUUGCGUAUAGCAUUCUGUUCAUUUAAACCCAAUAUAGUGAGAACAUUAUGAAACGGAAUGCAAGCUGAUGUAACUUUGGCUUAUGGCCAAGAUGAAUUUAUCAUGGAAAUGAAUAUAAAUUAGUCAACUAUAUUGUUAUCAUACCAGUUUUUGAAAUCAAGAAUGAGUGCUGUUGCCAUAGUCAGAGAGGUUGUUGAAAUAUAUUGUGUACAUAUUAAUUUUUGUAGCCUUUACAUUUAUUUGCACAAGACCAGCCAACCUCAUGUGUACUUGAGUUGACUUGAGUGCUUUAUUUUAGUCAUGUCUAACUUAUCCGACAUAUUUAAAAUGCAUGUAUGAGAUGUAAAUAAUUACUAUUGGCAUUUAUAUAUACAUAUAUCACAUAAAUACUUUAUAAUCAAUGAUUGUAAAAGUGACCAAAAAAUAGUCAGUUUAGAUUAGGUUAUAUUGCCAGUGUUCUUCCUGUGGUGUAGUGGUGUCUUGUGAGAUCCAGAUAAACAGGAAUGUUGCUACUAGUUCAUGAAAGUUUCUUGAUAGUGUUAUAGAUCUAUUUCUUAUACGUAGAUAUUGAAAUUGUAAAUGUUUAGUGUCCUUAGCAUCAUUCCUGGUCCACUGGGCCUCACUGUUCACUGCUAUGAUGCUCGCGUGUCUUGUAAGGUGCUGUAGCAGAAUUAUCUAUCCACAGUGUCUGUGAAAACAAGAUUUAAUUUUGGCAUAUUUUUUCUGAAAUGUAAAAGUCACAUGGCAGUAUUUUUCCUUUUUGGGAUUUACUAAAGAACCUAAGCUUUGGUUAUGAAAUGAAGACGUAGUGUGGAACAAGAUUGAUUACUUUUUCAUAACAAGACUUAAGGUUCAGCAGCCCCAGUUUUAGAAAUGUACCAGUCGAAAUGGGUAGCAUCCAAGUUUAGUCAGUUGGUAUUAUUUUUUGAAAUGAAACUGCAGAACUUUGUUUAUAAAAUAUAUAAUUAUAUAUAUGAAAGGUUCUUCCUUCCCUGAGAUUGCCAUGUUCCUUAUGUCAAACCAAUCCUUAAACCAGAGAUUAUCAUAUUGCCCUUUAAAACUGUCCUAAUAAAUCCCUUCCUACUGCUUAAAAACUGAAAUGUAUUUUUCCCCUGUUGCAUAUGAUAUAAUAUUUCUGGGCAUAAUGUAAUAAAAAAGGUCCUGUAUAUAUUUUGUAUAACUAAAUAAAACCACCUUUACAUUCA